AUCUCACUUCUUACUCCUACUUCCAACAACAGACAAAUAACAUAUAAUUAUGUUGUCAGCCCGUGACCACCUUCUUGGUAUACCAGAGCUCCUGGAAGCCAUUCUUCUUCACCUUGGUCAUGUUGCCCCGCCAAACGAGCUACUCCGUGCACAGCUCAUCUCGCGGCGAGUCCACACAGCCAUUGCAUCUUCCCCACGAAUCCAACAGCUACUAUUCUUGCGUGCCGAACCAGCUGAUAAUCCGAAACCAUGGAGAGCUAACCCUCUUCUCCGCGACCUCUUCCUCCCUUGGUUUGUCGGCCCACUACGUGAACGCUGGACGAUGCCGGAUUAUGAUUCUUUUCAAAUGAUGGAUUGGACGUCAACCAACAGGGACGCAUUUCUCCGGGCCGAAGCGAGUUGGAGGAAGAUGCUUGUAUUCCAACCGCCGCCAAAACAACUAUCCGUCGUCCGGUUUUGCAAUGGACAAGGCGGCGACUUUAUAGACGAAGCCACAGUCUCUUUCGCUGACUCUGCAUCCGGUGGAGUGACUAUGGGUUUGAUCUAUGACCUUUCCGAGUCUUUCGUGCGCGAGAAUCCGGUUAGUCAAUUUGGAAUCUCAUUGAAGACCUCUGCGACAGGACCGCCACGAAUCGCAUUACAUUUAAUAUAUACUUCGCAGUGCUGUCCCUCAUCUCCGAGUAGUCCGAGGUUCAUGUCGCAGGGCGCAAAGUCUCAAUGCGAGAUUGAUAUGCUGGAGUGGCAGCUAGAAAAGGAAGUUGUCGAGGAAGGGAGCUUGGAAUGGGGCACAAGGUCGAGUAUUGAUUGGGAGACGGACUUUUCGGUAGGGCGAGGAGUCCUCAAUCUUUGGGAGUGGGAGGAGUGGAAGAGGAAGAGAGCACCCAUUUCAGACCUGGUUUCGGAUGUGCGGUAACGUGUCAGCACCGUGCUCUGGUCUCUUGGAUACCAACUGCUCUACGCUUUUCAAGAUAUUAUUCUCCCUGCUUGCUCAGGUAAUGUAGGCCUGAAUAGAUAUUAUAUUUUCGCACUUUUCUCUUCAAGGGUCAACUAUUUGUUGUAAAGAGAAGUUAUACAGAUACUAGAAGUUACCUCGUGGCUAA